AGCCAGAAAAAAGCAUGGACUCCAUUAUCGAGGUUAACCGUCAAACUCACGAAGAAAUUGAGCAAUAUGAGAGGGCCUUAUACUCCCUUUUGUCCAGAAACCAGCCAACUCACGAAAUUCGCCUGCAAACAGAGCAUAAAGCCGCUCAGGUGCUUGACCGCAUUGCAUCCCGGACGGUGACAUUGAACAAUUUAUACCGCGAUGAGGAUGCUAGGAAGGUAGAACUAGAUGUUCUUUCUGCUCCAGCGCAGCAGAAUGACUUGUCGGAAUUCUACGCGCGGUUGGUGAAGGUUCAAGAACACUACAACAAAUAUCCUGAUGCUGUAGCAGGGGGCUUUGAA